AGAAUGCCUUGGGCGAGACGCGAGAACAAGGAGGAGAGGAGGGGCGUGGCCACGUCGACCGCGCGGGACCGUUAAAUUUGAAACUUGGCGGCUAGGUGUGUGGGCUUGAGGCGGCGGGUUUGUAAGGGAGUCGAGUGCGUUCCUUGGUCGCUUCUGUAGUUCCGAGGGCAGGUUGCGGAAGAAAGCCCAGGCGGUCUGUGGCCCAGAGGAAAGGCCUGCAGCAGGACGAGGACCUGAGCCAGGAAUGCAGGAUGGCGGCGGUGAAGAAGGAAGGGGGUGCUCUGAGUGAAGCCAUGUCCCUGGAGGGAGAUGAAUGGGAACUGAGUAAAGAAAAUGUACAACCUUUAAGGCAAGGGCGGAUCAUGUCCACACUUCAGGGAGCACUGGCACAAGAAUCUGCCUGUAACAAUACUCUUCAGCAGCAGAAACGGGCAUUUGAAUAUGAAAUUCGAUUUUACACUGGAAAUGACCCUCUGGAUGUUUGGGAUAGGUAUAUCAGCUGGACAGAGCAGAACUAUCCUCAAGGUGGGAAGGAGAGUAAUAUGUCAACGUUAUUAGAAAGAGCUGUAGAAGCACUACAAGGAGAAAAACGAUAUUAUAGUGAUCCUCGAUUUCUCAAUCUCUGGCUUAAAUUAGGGCGUUUAUGCAAUGAGCCUUUGGAUAUGUACAGUUACUUGCACAACCAAGGGAUUGGUGUUUCACUUGCUCAGUUCUAUAUCUCAUGGGCAGAAGAAUAUGAAGCUAGAGAAAACUUUAGGAAAGCAGAUGCGAUAUUUCAGGAAGGGAUUCAACAGAAGGCUGAACCACUAGAAAGACUACAGUCCCAACACCGACAAUUCCAAGCUCGAGUGUCUCGACAAACUCUGUUGGCACUUGAGAAAGAAGAAGAGGAGGAAGUUUUUGAGUCUUCUGUACCACAACGAAGCACACUAGCUGAACUAAAGAGCAAAGGGAAAAAGACAGCAAGAGCUCCAAUCAUCCGUGUAGGAGGUGCUCUCAAGGCUCCAAGCCAGAACAGAGGACUCCAAAAUCCAUUUCCUCAACAGAUGCAAAGUAAUAGCAGAAUUACUGUUUUUGAUGAAAAUGCUGAUGAGGCUUCUACAGCAGAGUUGUCUAAGCCUACAGUCCAGCCAUGGAUAGCACCCCCCGUGCCCAGGGCCAAAGAGAAUGAGCUGCAAGCAGGCCCUUGGAACACAGGCAGGUCCUUGGAACACAGGCCUCGUGGCAAUACAGCUUCACUGAUAGCUGUACCCGCUGUGCUUCCCAGUUUUACUCCAUAUGUGGAAGAGACUGCACAACAGCCAGUUAUGACACCAUGUAAAAUUGAACCUAGUAUAAACCACAUCCUAAGCACCAGAAAGCCUGGAAAGGAAGAAGGAGAUCCUCUACAAAGGGUUCAGAGCCAUCAGCAAGCAUCUGAGGAGAAGAAAGAGAAGAUGAUGUAUUGUAAGGAGAAGAUUUAUGCAGGAGUAGGGGAAUUCUCCUUUGAAGAAAUUCGGGCUGAAGUUUUCCGGAAGAAAUUAAAAGAACAAAGGGAAGCCGAGCUAUUGACCAGUGCAGAAAAGAGAGCAGAAAUGCAGAAACAGAUUGAAGAGAUGGAGAAGAAGCUAAAAGAAAUCCAAACUACUCAGCAAGAAAGAACAGGUGAUCAGCAAGAAGAGACGAUGCCUACAAAGGAGACAACUAAACUGCGAAUUGCUUCCGGGUCUCAGAAAAUACCAGGAAUGACUCUAUCCAGUUCUGUUUGUCAAGUAAACUCUUGUGCCAGAGAAACUUCACUUGUGGAGAACAUUUGGCAGGAACAACCUCAUUCAAAAGUCUCUCUUUCUCUAGGUCCCAGUAUACCUUUCUCCAUUUUUGAUGAGUUUCUUCUUUCAGAAAAGAAGAAUAAAAGUCCUCCUGCAGAUCCCCCACAAGUUUUAGCUCAACGAAGACCCCUUGCAGUUCUCAAAACCUCAGAAAGCAUCACCUCAAAUGAAGAUGUGUCUCCAGAUGUUUGUGAUGAAUUUACAGGAAUUGAACCCUUGAGCGAGGAUGCCAUUAUCACAGGCUUCAGAAAUGUAACAAUUUGUCCUAACCCAGAAGACACUUGUGACUUUGCCAGAGCAGCUCGUUUUGUAUCCACUCCUUUUCAUGAGAUAAUGUCCUUGAAGGAUCUCCCUUCUGAUCCUGAGAGACUGUUACCAGAAGAGGAUCUGGAUGUAAAGACCUCUGAGGACCAGCAGACAGCUUGUGGCACUAUCUACAGUCAGACUCUCAGCAUCAAGAAGCUGAGCCCAAUUAUUGAAGACAGUCGUGAAGCCACACACUCCUCUGGCUUCUCUGGUUCUUCUGCCUCGGUUGCAAGCACCUCCUCCAUCAAAUGUCUUCAAAUUCCUGAGAAACUAGAACUUACUAAUGAGACUUCAGAAAACCCUACUCAGUCACCAUGGUGUUCACAGUAUCGCAGACAGCUACUGAAGUCCCUACCAGAGUUAAGUGCCUCUGCAGAGUUGUGUAUAGAAGACAGACCAAUGCCUAAGUUGGAAAUUGAGAAGGAAAUUGAAUUAGGUAAUGAGGAUUACUGCAUUAAACGAGAAUACCUAAUAUGUGAAGAUUACAAGUUAUUCUGGGUGGCGCCAAGAAACUCUGCAGAAUUAACCGUAAUAAAGGUAUCUUCUCAACCUGUCCCAUGGGACUUUUAUAUCAACCUCAAGUUAAAGGAACGUUUAAAUGAAGCCUUUGAUCAUUUGUGCAGCUGUUAUCAAUAUCAAGAUGGCUGUAUUGUUUGGCACCAAUAUAUAAACUGCUUCACCCUUCAGGAUCUUCUCCAACACAGUGAAUAUAUCACCCAUGAAAUAACAGUGUUGAUUAUUUAUAACCUUUUGACAAUAGUGGAGAAGCUACACAAAGCAGAAAUAGUCCAUGGUGACUUGAGUCCAAGGAGUCUGAUUCUGAGAAACAGAAUCCACGAUCCCUAUGAUUGUAACAAGAACAAUCAAGCUUUGAAGAUAGUGGACUUUUCCUACAGUGUUGACCUUAGGGUGCAGCUGGAUGUUUUUACCCUCAGCGGCUUUCGGACUGUACAGAUCCUGGAAGGACAAAAGAUCCUGGCUAACUGUUCUUCUCCCUACCAGGUAGACCUGUUUGGUAUAGCAGAUUUAGCGCAUUUACUAUUGUUCAAGGAACACCUACAGGUCUUCUGGGAUGGGUCCUUCUGGAAACUUAGCCAAAAUAUUUCUGAGCUAAAAGAUGGUGAAUUGUGGAAUAAAUUCUUUGCGCGGAUUCUGAAUGCCAAUGAUGAGGCCACAGUGUCUGUUCUUGGGGAGCUUGCAGCAGAAAUGAAUGGGGUUUUUGACACUACAUUCCAAAGUCACCUGAACAAAGCCUUAUGGAAGGUAGGGAAGUUAACUAGUCCUGGGGCUUUGCUCUUUCAGUGAGCUAGGCAAUCAAGUCUCACAGAUUCCUGCCUCAGAGCAAUGGUUGUAUUGUGGAACACUGAAACUGUAUAUGCUGUAAUUUAAUUUAGGACACAUUUAGAUGCACUACCGUUGCUGUUCUACUUUUUGGUAGAGGUAUAUUUCGACGUAACUGACAGUUUUUACUUAUGGCCUUGUCUAACUUGUAUGAAGAACUAUUUUAUUCUAAACAGGCUCAUUACAAAUGGUUACCUUGUUAUUUAACCCAUUUGUCUCUACUUUUCCCUGUACUUUUCCCAUUUGUAAUUUGUAAAAUGUUCUCUUAUGAUCACCAUGUAUUUUGUAAAUAAUAAAAUAGUAUCUGUUAAA